GCCGUUCGCUUCGCUUGCUUGUUUCCAGCGGGCUCUGUGAGUUUGUUCCAUUGGAAGUGGAUAACAGCUCCUGUGCAGUGGACUACAGUGUGGCUUGCCGGUUCCCAGCUGAUCCCGUUGGUUGGUUGGUUGGUGGCGGACAGUAGUGCCUCUGCCUCAGUGUAGUGCAGUGGGUGUGCGUGAACAAAACUAAAAUAAUCCGUGUACGAAAGGAAAAGUUUUGCGCUUUGCAGGUUUGGGAACAUAUAGAAAAGGUGGGAGUGUUGCUGGCUUCCAGCUAGGCCGAUUCGUUGCCCAGUCGUGAGGACAGUUGAAAGAAUGGGACUGCAGCAGCGUGAUUUCUGCGUGGUUACGUCGCAUCAGGACAAUAUUCAUCAGAAUUUUCCCAGAGUGUCUAGCAGUGGAAAUCACUUGACAACAGAAGUGCCAGAAGUAGCUUGUGGAACGGGCACAGAAGCUGCUCCGGUAGUUUAAUUGAAAGUUGGACCAUUUGAUGGAAGAUUACAGUGAUUCCGUGGCUGAUGUCGAUGGUGGGUAUCCCCCGUGGAUUGUGGGAGAGUGAGUUUUGGAGGAAGUGAAAAAAAAAUGUAUCCAGUUCCCGUGGAUCCCUAUUGAGGUAGAGAUUGAAACUUCGUCGUCCAACGGAAGCGGUGUGAAUUGGUGGCCAAAGUGAAAAAAAGUGUUACACGACAAUCGGCUUUCGGGAAGCGGAAUAAAAAAAGGGAAACGAUUGCUGCACCAAAGAGGAAGAACCAUAAGCAAAACGAUGGAGUUAAGGAUUGUUCCGGUGAUUCAAUUUAUCACGAUCGUUGCCGCAUUCAAGCUGGGUGCUGUUAGUUGUGUACCCAUGAUGUAUGAAAUCGGCGGUUACCGAAACAGUAUCGAUCUGGAUACGGAGCAAACGGAAGCUCGGUACGACCAAGGAAUGCUGUCGGAUAUUAUGAAUGACGAACGGGCCAGCGAGAUGCAGAAAGCUGAAAGUUGCGUGGCCGACAAUUUCAAAUAUGACCACGGUCAAAAGAUUCAACGAUACGAUCCAUGCGAAAUCUGCCUCUGCAUUGAUGGGGAAAUUUUCUGCUGGUGGAAACAAUGCGAUAUUCCAUCGAAUUCGGAAUUCCACGACCGUUCACUCGGUGCCAGUGGUGACGUACAAUUGGUCACACCAUCAGCACAUCCGGCGACAGUUGGUCCAUCUUCGACAACGGCAACACUUGCCGAUCCAAUGAGACCAACAACCAUCAGCAGUGAUGUGAGUAACGCCGCAAUCUCUUCCCCACAGCCAACAUCCACUGCAGUGCCGUCACAUCCGGCUCAACCGGACUUCAGUCAGAGCGUCCGAAUAGUGCACCCCCAGUCGCCACCGGACAACAUCCCGCAGAACAUCCUUUCGUUUCCACAGUCGCCGCCCAUUAUGAUGAUGUAUCGGCCGGCGCUUGGUGCGGGUGGUGUCGGAAAAAAUACUUCCACUUCUGCUGGUGUCGCCGCAGCCACCGAGCGGAACAAACACGGAGGACCGCUGAAAAAAGCCACACCACUUCAUCUCGCAGCUAAUGGUGCCAGUGGUAAAAAGCCCUACCGGAAGUCAAAGAGCAAAGGGUACGCAAUAAACUAUGGACGCAUCGAGGGAGGGCUAGAGGAAGGGAGAGGUGGUACGCGAGUGCUUGCCGUCACCGAAAGGAUGCCGCCUUCGGACGGAAUGCGUAUUUUGAAUGAUGAGAACCGUAGUUUCUUGUUGGGAGGAAUGGGCGGGGAAAGGUCUGAGGAAGAUGGUAGCGAUGACGACGAUGACGAGGACAGUGAUGAUGAUGAUGAUAAUGAUGAUGAUGGCGACGGGGUUGACGAGGAAGAUGAUGAGAGUGAACAAGCCAGGAGACAAUCAGGAAAUGCAAAAGCUGAUGCCAAUGGUGGUGAUGGCUUCGGUGGAUACGGAUACGGAAUGAUCAGGGAGCCAGAAGAUGACAAACAACAGCACUACAUUAUCACUUCAUCGGGGCACGUGGAAAUGUUCGAUGAUAACAGCAUGGAAGCAACGGAAAAUGCAUUCGGUAUGAAUCGUUUGCUUUCGGCGCAGCAAACCCUGGGCUCGAGUACCACUGUUCAGCCGAUGGCGCUAGUUUUCGGUGGCACGCUGGACGAUAGUCCCAACCAGACUGCCACCAGCUCUUCAAUCCGACGGGAAGAUUACAAUAAGCUGGCCAGCAAUAGCAGCCUAGGUGAACCGAUUGCACCGUUGAUAGUAAUGACCACCAAUGUGACGCAGCACUCGAAUUAUUCAGUGCGAUUCACUUCGAAUGCCGGAGGAAGUCCACCGCUGCAGCCGUAUGCGCCAUUGUCGCCAGCGGCACAACAACCCUCUCGAUCCGUUAUUGAUGUGCUCAACUCAACGACGGUGGACAGCGAUGACUAUCAGGACGAUAAUCAGACGGAAUUGAUCUACCCGGCUGUUCCCGGGAUUCGCAGCAGCAGUAGUGGCAGUAGGAGUACAGAUAGUGUACCGGAUGCGGAUGAUGGGGGAGGGCAACAGAUGCCCGUAACGACGACCGCCAGUAGCGUUACGGCGGGAGUAAAAAGCACUCCAGAGCAACAUUGUGUUGUGAUGGGUGUGUCGUACAAGGUUGGGGCAGUGCUGAAACAGGAAACCGGAAACUGUUUGCACUGCGUGUGUGUGCAAGGACCGGAGAGUGACCCGGUCCCGCGGGUGACCUGCACCCCACUUAACUGUCCACCGUUGAUCCUUCCGGACAUCCUGGAUGGUGCUGGAUUCUAAUAGGAUGGGAUCCAGCAGUAGCACCAGUCGUCUUUUGUGGAUUUCACCGACGCCCAUCAGCUCAAUCGCAACGUAUGUAUCCGACACCCAGGCCACAUCCUUCCGAAGAAUCUCAACGACAAUUAAGCACCCGAGGGUCGUGGACGAGUAAGCGUUCCUAUCUGGCAAGGAACGAUGCAGGUUUAAUUUACAGUCCAAUUGUUUCUUUCGUUCCGUUUGAAAUUGAAAUGCGUGGAAUGACGAGGAAACAGGUCCCCAUGUAGAUUCGCUAUCGUUUGUGACAAGGCGUGGGCAAUUUUGGGUGAAUACUUUGGUUGAAAUUUGUUUUUUUUUUCUUCCUAAAUGAAAAAUUGUCACGAAAUGAGACAAAACUGUGACAUCGGACGACAUCAGCCGGAUGCAGAUAAUAUCAACGACAGCUCAGUUUUAUUAAUCGUUUUUGCGUUACCUCUUGUGAAUAUAUAUACAAGCACAAGUGAUUCCCAAACUCCUUAUAAUCGAAACUUUAUUGAACCAAACAAAUAAAAAAUCCUAUAUCUAUUGCUUCUCAUAGUCGAUAGAAGAGUUUAGACAAACAUAUUUAAAUUGAUGUAUAAUCGGAUCAAUGAACAAAAAGUAAAAAAAGAAACUGUAGCAAAGAGGUUAAAGGUGAUUAAACUCUAGUAUAAAACUAAUAAAAUUAGUUGAAAUACAUAUAUCGACUUCUUCGGUCUACUUGCAAGAGAGCUUGUGUAUUAUACUAAUAAAAACUGGAAAACUGAUCUGAAUACUUGAUUUCCUUUCUAUCUAGAUGUAUGAAAAGUAUCUUCUAUGACGAUAUUUUCAUCAAGUGGUGUGAAACAAAGCUCAUAAAAACUAGACCCUUAGUAACUAAGCUAAAGGUGGUAUUUAGAAUAGUGAUAUCCAAAUCAAAAAGCAUUAGUUUAUUUUCCCCCCGGUUCGUUGUAUUUUCAGUGCAACCAUAAGCUCGCUUAGUUGUUUGUCCCGGUCGUAAUAUCGGUUAUUUAUACAACAAAAAAAAACUCUCUCGGUGGGUUGACUUCCCAUCGUUCCCUUCCUCGCGCCUAGCACUUCCGCAUCCGGAUUUUAUUUUGUGUGAGCUGAGAAAGCAAUACCGGUAAAAGGGUCACGUAGACGGCAUUUAUUUAAAUUGGACACCAUUUUUAAAUCGUACGCUAGCUGUUGCAAUAUUUAUUCAGUGGAUUUUUGAAUGCUUUAGCCGCGAGCGCUGGUGAGUAUGGCGGACUCAUAUUGUUUGAAUGGGCACUGUAUCACUUUUUGUUACAAUAGUUUCGUAAUUCUCUUUGUUUAGAGACAGCAAAUGAAUGCAUGGAUAGGAUCAAAUACGGUGAAGUGAAUUGGUGAAAAAGUUCGGAUUCUAUGCAUAAUCCUACUUCUGCUAUUUGUAGUGAUGCCAUUGGCGACCGAGCUUGGUGGAAAACAAUCCAGGAAGGUAUCACAGUGAGAUUAGAUUUUUGUUCGUAUAGAGACGUAUUUUUCCGAUUUUAUACGUUUAUGAACUUUUAUAAACUUUUCGUGACAUUGGCCAACAUUUAUUUUGCAUGUUUAGGGCUGCAAGUUUCUAUACCUAAUAAAAGCAACGUAUUUUUUUUAAUUCACCCAACACCCAAUUCAAGAAUAGAGAAAUUCUGAUCAUUGGAUUACGUUAGGUAAAAAUUAUAAAUUUUUAUCACCUUUGGGUGCUAUUUAUGUCAAUCAAAAACGUUUAAAAGAUAUUGGCUUUUCGCUGAUUAUGAUUAUGCUUGUGACUUGUGAGCACGAAAUUAAAAUGUAUUUUUAAAUACCAUUUUUUUUAAAAUUUAAAUGUAGUUAAAACUGAAUAUAUUUUUGAAGCACUCGCCUUUAAUAUUCCUUACGCAUCUCCCAUUUGCAACAGUACACUUGGUUAUCGCCCCGGAUUGCUUUCUCAGGACUCAACUCUCCUUUCUUAGUAUUGGCAGCACGUUUCGCUUCCGUGCACGUUCGAAUCAGGAAAAUCACACUGUUCGUGAUGUUUCCCAACCAAUUGGCCACUUUCCAGCGCACUUUUUUUUUCGCCUGCUGACUACUGAUAGAGACUUUUGUUCCACUGCUCGGGCUAAAUGACGGCCCGGCGGUAAGCACAGUAUGGUCUACACUGCAAACAAACUGCACGUGCAGCUGGAAACUGGAAUUGAUAUUGCAAAAACAUUCAAUGCUUUUGUUUUCCUCGAAUCAAUGGUAAUACAAUUAUCUCGAAAACCAUACACAUAAAACGCGUUGCUCAACAUAUGUGGUGUGAGAAUCGCGAACGGAACUAGUCUUCCAAAUGACCCCGUUGAAAAAUGAAUUCAUCUCACGUUCAUAUAUCCACCAACAUAUCCCGAAUCAAAUUAACAACUUUUAAGAUUUUAGCGAAAACUGUCACCGAUUUUUUCUUUGUUCGAAUUUUGGUUCAGAUUGUUGUGUAAGUAAAACAAAAAUCCAAAAACAUUGUAGAACUGGUAUUUAUUAGAAGUUAGGUUCAAUAUUUGAACUCAAACCAAACCAACUUUGAUACUAGGAUUUAGUAAAAGAAUAUUUAAGAAAGUUAGGUGUAAACGGCUGAAACUAAUAAAAAAGUUAAGAAAGUAUAUCAAUCAAAAUGAAAGUUUGUACGAAUAAUAUUACAAUGUUUCCACCAAAUGAAAAUUAAACAAUACACAAACUUCAGAAGCUACUACACUCAAAUAUACAAACGCAACUCUUACACAUUAUCGAGUAUUAAUGAUGAACAGGACGUCAAACCAAAUGCAAAGUAACACUUAGAUCAGACGAAUCUGAUGGUUUAUGGUGUUUGCGAAUCCCAGCGUGUGUUAUCGAACGUAUAUCAAUUCGUCAUAAAAUCAAAUGAACACUAUUACGAUCAUAAUAUGUACUUUGUAAGAAAGGAUGCGGUCACAUUGUCGAAAACGUAACGUUUCGCGCUCUGACUAUUUUUAACGAAGUAUGAUGAAAAAAACUAGGAUUCGGGUUUCAGAGUUUUUCAUUACUGGAAUCAUCAUUUUCUACCCCAUUUAUAGCAAAUUUCGUUUAAUUAGUUGAACAUUCACUUCAACGAUUUAAUGGAUUGCAUUAUAUUUGUCAAACACAAUAGAAGCAGCGUACUUCUGUUCAUUAAUUUAUAAAAUUGAAUCAUUCGUGUUUUUAUGUACGUCAGUAAAUAAUUAACGCCUUUUGAGUUUUGUAUAUUUAUGAAGCCCUUAUAAUUACGUCAAAAUCGGGAAGCAGAAAUCAAACAAAGAUGAAGAGAAGUAGAUACUAGACAAAACAAAUAGCAAACGAUCGAAUUCAAGAACACAAACAGUUAUGUUAAAAGUGAUGAUUAAUAAAGAUAUAUUAAAAUAG